UUUACCCAGUUCAUUUCUAUAUUUUUCUUCACAUUUAUUCUCCUUUUCUUCAUCUAUGCAGCUGAGUAACUAUAGCUCCUUUGAGGGUGUUUUGUAUUGCAAGCCUCACUUUGAUCAACUGUUUAAAAUGACCGGCAGCUUGGAUAAAAGCUUUGAAGGAACUCCCAAAACUGUUAGGGUCGAGAGAUCUGCUGAUCAGGUCCACAGCAACAGCAGAGUUUCAAGCAUGUUUGCUGGAACUCAGGAUAAAUGUGUUGCAUGCAAGAAAACCGUUUACCCGAUUGAAAAGGUUGCAGUGGAUGGGACGUCAUACCACAAGGGUUGUUUCAGGUGCACCCAUGGAGGCUGUGUCAUCAGUCCCUCAAACUAUAUAGCCCACGAACAUCGUCUCUAUUGUAGGCAUCACCAUAACCAGCUGUUCAAGGAGAAGGGUAACUUCAGCCAACUUGACAAGCAUGAAAACACCAAGGAAGCCAAUGGAGAAACAGUCGCAUGAGUAAAACUCCGAAUCUUCUGCACUGGCGCAACAUUGGUGAUUGCUUUGAUAAUAAGUUUUGCUGACUCUUGAAGCAUAUGAAAAGAGUUGUUGGAAUUUCCUUGCAUGAGUUAUAUUUAUGUUAUAGUUGGGGAAAAUGAAUAUGUGGUAGAGGAUUUUGUUUGUUGGCUAAAAGUUUUUGUGUGAGCUUUAAAAUGGAUAUACUAGAGUUUGGUGUUUCAGUCCUUUUAAUAAAACAUUGAUGCCUUUUAUGUGAUUUAAAGCUUUGAUGA